GGAUAGUGGAAUAUCUUUGACAGCGCAGCUGACAACGGUUGCUAUGGAGCUGACAACAAAUCGGCGAAGACCACACGCUAGUUAACAUUAGCCGAAUACAUUCAGGUUUUCAACUUGCAUUUCUAUCGUAGUUCACUUAACUAGUCUUAUCUAUCAACAAGUGUUUGUACUAAUAUCUUAAAAUCUGAAAAGGUAAUCUCGGUAGAAAAAUGUCUGACGCGCUUUUAUCCGAGGUUGGCUGGGAUGAAGGCUUUGCCAUUCCCGUUGCAAAUGCAGAAAACAAAGCCUUGGAGGAUGAGCUUCAAAGGAAACAAAGGGACAAGACAGUCCUAGAAAAUAAACUGGCCGAAUAUAAGGACAGGAUUAACGCCAUGACUGAACAUCUGAAAAAUGUCAAACAAGAGUUGUCACACACUCAGGCACUGUGCAAAGCCAGGGAGAAAGAGACUGACACAGAGAAGCAUUUUAAAGCCCUGGCAGAGAGAGAGAUGGGCCGCCUGCAACAGGAGAUUGCACAGCUAGAGAAAGAGCUUGGCUCAUUAAGGGAGAAGCACACGGCUCAAGAGAACAGCAUAUUCAAGACCACUCAAACACUGGAGGAGCUGAGCAACCGCCUGAACUGGGACCAGAAGUCUCUGGAUGCCUGGCUGGAGGAGUCCGCUCAAAAGGAUGAAGACACCAUAGCCAUUCUUAAAUAUGCCCAGCAGGACGAGAGCCGAAUUAAAGAGCUGACACUAAACAUUGAAAAGUUGAACCUUCAAGCCAACCAGAAAAGAAAGGCCCUUGACAAUGAGCUGACUGAAACAAUAACAGCACAAAUUGGACUGGACAAAACUGCUGAGAACUUCCGCCAGAUCCAUGCUGAGAGGCAGGAGCUGAUCUGCCAGUGGGAGAGCACCAUCGAACAAAUGAAGAGAAGGGAUCAGGAGAUGCAGGACUGCGCAGCGAUGAUCACCAAAGUUAACCAGGAAAUCCGAGAGAGGCACUCUUUGAUCAAAGAGAAGACAGCCUUUCUGGAGAGCGAGGUGGAGAACAAUAAGGAGUAUGAGAAGAAGAUCGGCGCGGCUGAGAGGCAGGCGGCCAAACUCAGGCAGCAUUUUCAGGAGCAGGAGGAGAACCACACACGGCUGCGUGACGAGUUGGAGAGUCUGAAGGGUAUUGUUGACCGAGCUGCGUCAGAUGUGGAGAAUGUUAGAGCUCAAAUAGCCAGCAUGAAAAAGGACAUCCAGGACAAAUCCACCAAAGUGAAGGAUGCCAAGCUCCAUAACGCAGCCCUGGAGGAGAAGCUGGCCUCUGUGAAUGAGGCCACCAUGAGUGUGGAGGAACGGGCUGCCCAGAUGGAGCAACUUCUGAAGGAGGAGGAGCAGAACAUCAAGGAGGUGGACUUGCUGCUGCAUCGCCAGAGGGAGGCGGUGUUCCGCAAAAACCAGGAGCUCCAGGCCCUGCGCCUGAAGGAGAAGGACUCUGUCAGCGAGGUGUCUGGCAGCAAAGCCGCCAUCUCUAACUUGGACAGCAGGAUUCGCAAGGUGGACCAGAACACUCUCAAGCAGCAAGAGAUCAUAUACAGCCAGGACUUCCAGAUCCAGCUGCUGGAGAGGAAGAUGUCCCGUCUACAGGGGGAGGUGAACACGGAGGAGAAACAGGACCUGGAGAAGAGGGUGGAGGAACUGAGCGCCACGCUGGAGGAGAGGAGGAAGACCACCACCAUGCUCACCACACAGCUCAAGAAGCUCCAGGACGACAUCCGCUGUGUGAGGAAGGAAAUGGAGAAGACGGGUGCGGAGAAGCGAAACCUGACCACCAAGAUCGAGGAGCUCAAUCUGUUCAACGACACUUCAGACAAAGAGCUCAAGAAACUCCGACUCAAGAAGCAGGACACCAUGGUGGAGGACAACAUCCUGAAGCUGGAGAUCAAGCGGCUGAGGGACCUGCUGUACGACAAGGCCGACGGGGUGCUGUCCCUGGAGAAGCGCCGGCUCCAGCUGCAGACGGCCAUGAGCGAGCGCGAGGAGGAGAUCAGGGUCCACGGCGAGAUGCUCACCAAGCAGUUCAGGAUCACGGACCAGGAGCGCCAGGCUCUGAGUGCUGAAGUGCACGAGAGGAUGUCCAAAAUUGACAAGAUGAGGAAAAGAUAUGAGAUCUUAACCAUGCAAGGCCCGGAGGAGGAAGAGGAGAAGUCUCAGGCCUUCUACGUCAUAAAGGCAGCCCAAGAAAAAGAGGAGCUUCAGCGCCAAGGUGACACCCUCGAUGCCAAAAUUCGCAAAGCUGAGAAAGAGAUCCUCGCUCUGGAGAACACCCUCCAUGUGGUGAACAGCCGCAAUCACACGUACCGCAAGUCCUUCAACAGGGUCACCGAGUCCAGUGAGGAGUACCAAGAGAAACUGAAGCUAGAAGGAGAAAAAAGAGCAGCUGAGGACAAGUACAGAUUAAAGAGAUGCCAAAUUAAAGAACUCCAGGAGGACAUUCAGAGCAUGAACAAUACCCUUGAGAUUCUUCUGCAAGAGGAGACGGAGCAGAGUGGGAAGACAGAGGAGACUCAGUCCCGCAUCCUGUCUCUGAACAAGGAACUGACCUCUCAGAAAGAGAAACUGGAUCGGGUCAACAAACAGUGUACAAAGCUCAGAAAAGAGAUCCGCUCGACCAAGCAGACCACGGAGAAGACGUUUGAAGAACGGGACGUCCAGCUCCGAGAGCUUAAGGACCUGAACAAGAAGGUCAACCACAUGCUCCUGGAGGCCAUGGAUGGCAGUCCUGAUCUGGAAUCAGCUCUAGUGAUGUACUUCACUCAGGCCGAUCUGCUCCUGCCGUCCCCUGGAUCUGCUCCAGGCAGCCGACAGGGCUCCAAGGCCAGCUCCGCUCGCAGCUCUGCCUCCCUCAGGUCCUCAGGCUCCUCCGCCAGCAGUAGCCCCCGGGGCUCAGCUCUGCAGUCUCCCCCAGUCAAGACCCUGGAGCUGGGCCUGGGUCUGUGCACAACGUCCCCACAGAGUUCCCGACCAUCCAGCAGCGGCAGCAGCGGCAGUGUCAGGACUGCACAGCGCAAGAGCCCUUAGAUAGGCAAACCUUCAGCCCAUGUAACACUGCCUUUUACAAACAUUAUUCAUUAUUCAUACAUUAUUCAUAAAAUUCACCACAUGAAUUCAGCCUAUACAAGGAGUGUAUGUUUUAUAUAGAACCAAAUAAAGCCGAUUGUUUAAGAUUAUUUGAAUGAAAUUACUUGAAUAAAUACAUUGUUCUUAUGUCGGUGAA